CAAAUCUGUGCCAACGGGCUGUCAUGAACACAUGAGCAGAAUGUCUGCUGGUAGAAACGGAGCCAUUAAUAGAUGACUGGAAUCUAGACCGCGAUAAAUAAUGGCUGGCCUGCAACCCCAGGAGGAUCUUUUGAAAAUGUCUCACAGAGAAACCUGGAAGAUGCAGCACGAGAGGUUACAUGUGAAGCACAGAGGUCAUGAGGCCAUGCACGCUGAGAUGGUUUUGAUUCUCAUCGCCACACUAGUGGUCGCUCAGAUUGUGCUGGUUCAAUGGAAACAAAGACACUGCAGAUCCUAUAACCUUGUGACACUGUUGCAGAUGUGGGUGGUUCCUCUGUACUUUACCAUUAAGCUUUACUGGUGGCGUUUCCUGUCCACAUGGGGCAUGUUCUCUGUCAUCACCAGCUAUGUCAUAUUCAGAGCUACACGCAAACCGCUGUCCUGCAGAACGCCAAGGAUGGUGUAUAAGUGGUUCCUCCUCAUUUACAAGCUGAGCUACGCUGUGGGUGUGAUUGGAUAUCUCGCCAUCAUGUGUACCAUGUUUGGAUUCAACAUUUUCUUCAGGAUUAAAGCAGAGGACUCUAUGGAUGUUGGUGUGAUUAUGCUUUUCUAUGGUCUGUACUAUGGGGUGAUGGGACGAGACUUUGCAGAAAUCUGUUCAGACUACAUGGCAUCUACUAUAGGGUACUAUAACAGGGGUGGUAUGCCGUCCCGAAACCUUAGUAAUGACAUAUGUGCAGUGUGUGGUCAGAAGAUUCUUGUGGAUGUAGAUGAAGAAGGCAUCAUUGAGGACACCUACCAGCUCUCCUGCAACCACAUAUUUCAUGAAUUCUGUAUUCGAGGCUGGUGCAUCGUGGGAAAAAAGCAGACAUGUCCAUACUGCAAUGAGAAGGUGGACAUCAAAAGAAUGAUGGACAACCCCUGGGAGAGAACACAUGUUUUAUACGGACAACUUCUGGACUGGUUAAGGUACCUGGUGGCCUGGCAACCCAUUAUAAUUGGAAUCGUGCAUGGAAUAAAUUUUUCACUUGGACUUGAAUAGAUACCUGCAGUAAUUAGUUCCAGUAAAACAGUACAUGUGUUUACCUUUUGGUAUUUAUUUGUAAAUUGUGUACUUUAUAAUCUAAAUCACACAGCUGAUUUUGUAAUUGAUUUGAUACAGACAUAUACAACACUUUCAAAACGUGACCUACGCUGAUACAUUAAUCAAAGGCAAAUCUUUCAUUCUCUAAAUCUGCUGUAUCUAUUUUGAUAUUUUCUAUCGCUCCUUGUCAAUAUAGUGCCUCGUUUAAGUGUUUAGUUUAGCCUUAUGGCAGUUUUUUUGUUUAACUGUUUGCCAUUUAAAUGUUAUCUUUAUUUAAUGAGAGGGUGUUUUUGAUAAUGGAAAAAGAUGUUUGGUGAACUGGAAUGAUUGACAAGACAGAAGAUAAUAUUUUCUGUAAAUACUGUGUCAAGAAGAAAAUAAUCGGUGUACAAAACUAGGAAAAUUUCCAUUGCAUUCAUGUGGUAAAAAACACAUUCUUCGUGUGUAAUUAAUAUGUUGAGGAAGUUGGCAGUUGCUAAUAAAAGAGAAAUAAUUUGUCAAUAUUAAUCUGCACAAUCAGUCUGAAUAAAUGUGUUGUUAUAUAUAAGACAAACACUACUAGUUCAAGCAUACUGAGACAUUUUACGUUAUUUGAAAUUUGUUUUUAUUUACAUUCUUUUUGUUGGUUUUCCGUUACGUUGCUGGACAUUGUUCGUCUAUUAAGAUACAGUGCCAAUAUAAAAUUGUUGCCAAUAAAACAGGAAAAGUG